GGGCUUCAUAAACUAGAAAUUAAAAAAUUUAUAUCUGUGCUUUUACGUUUUUACCCUUAAAAUCUCACUUAAUUCACCAAAAGGAACCAAAAAGCCCUAAUCUUUAGGUUGUCGACACUCUGUUCAGUUCUCUUGACGCCGUCCAUCACCCUCCGUCAUAUCGCCGCCGCAAAUACAGACAGAGAGUUCACAACAAUGGAGUACGUAAACCCUGAAGGUCUUCGAUUAGAUGGUCGCCGAUUCAACGAGAUGAGGCAAAUCGUAGCUGAAGUUGGAGUUGUUUCUAAGGCUGACGGUUCUGCUGUCUUCGAGAUGGGUAAUACUAAAGUAAUUGCAGCUGUUUAUGGUCCAAGAGAGAUUCAAAACAAGAGCCAGCAAAAAAAGAACGACCAUGCAGUGGUGCUGUGUGAGUAUAGUAUGGCUCAGUUUAGUACUGGUGAUCGUAGAAGACAGAAAUUUGACAGGCGAUCAACAGAGCUAUCUCUUGUCAUCCGUCAGACAAUGGAAGCUUGCAUAUUAACCGAAUUGAUGCCUCAUUCUCAGAUUGACAUUUUCCUUCAGGUUCUACAAGCUGAUGGAGGAACAAGAUCAGCUUGUAUCAAUGCCGCGACUCUAGCUCUCGCAGAUGCUGGAAUUCCAAUGCGUGAUCUCGCCGUUUCCUGUAGUGCUGGUUAUUUAAACAGUACUCCUCUUCUGGAUCUGAACUAUGUUGAAGACAGUGCUGGAGGAGCUGAUGUAACAGUCGGUAUUCUACCUAAAUUAGACAAAGUGACACUCCUUCAGAUGGAUGCGAAGUUACCGAUGGAAACAUUUGAGACAGUGUUUGCAUUGGCUUCUGAAGGUUGUAAGGCAAUUGCAGAGAGAAUACGCGAGGUACUUCAAGAAAACACCAAACAGCUAGAGUAUCGCCGAGCUGCAUAAACUUUAGAGUAAAGAGAAAAAAACAUAAAAGCUCCAAGAUUUUUGUUAAUUAGAUAUUGCUGUUGUUUUUGGAAUUUGAGGAUCAAAAGCUAGUAGUGCCAAAUGGUUUAUUUGUGUAUCCAAAAAUACAAAAGAAAAGUCCAA